AUGCAAGUCUUACGGUCGAAAUUAGAUGACCAAAGACUUAAUGAAGCAGUAUAUGGUGCUAACAACAGUAUUAAAUCUCGAUUAGAUGCGGAAAAAUUCCUUUUGCAAGAUGAUACUUUUUGGAAGUUCACUGACAGAUUCAUUUCCUGGAUGGUCUGUCUUAAUAUACUUCCAUCUGAUAGUUUCAAAUGGGGAAAUCACUUACUUCAACUCAUAUCAAAGUAUGAAUCUUAUGUCAAUUCAGAGUUAUUCGAAAAUCCUGAUGCGCCUCUAUUAGCUCUCCCUGGUAAAGCAGAGGCUCAAAUUCAUACUGAUUUAACUCGAACCGUGAAAUUCUUCUCCGAUUUAGCUAAUUCAAGUCAACUUCCAUCGGACAAGCAAAACUACACAUUAUUCAGGGCUUCUAGAAUAUUAACUAUAAUGACUUUAACAGAACCAUCAUUCCAGUAUAUCCAGGGCUGUGAAAGAUAUGUUUAUAUUUGUUAUUUGAUCUCACUUUUAUUUACCACUCAAAACCAGCUUCCUGAUAUUUUUGCUGAAGCAACGGCAUACUAUCUGGCCGUUAAAAUGAUCGAAAUGUCUGGUAUUGCAAAGCUACUUUCAAGUUCAAAAUUUUUAGAAGAACAUUUCAAACUUCUUGAUGCAAAAUUUGCGCAAAUUAACUCUGAACUCAUGGAACAUCUUACAUUUGCAAACCAAUCUUCAAUUAAUUUCGCUCUUCGCUGGCAAAUUCUAUUUUUUGCAGAAGAGCAUGAUUACUCAGGAAUUGUUUCUAUCUGGGAUCGAAUAAUAUCCCACAGACAAUCAGUUAAUCAAUACAUUGAAGCUCUUUGCCUAGCGCAUUUCAAUCAAUUGCCAGAUCUACAGCUCAAGCAAGUCCAACACUAUAGGAACUGGAAUGUUAAGCAGAUUCUUGAAGAUGCUGAGAAGUUCAUCAAUCCUGAAGUUAAUUAUGGAUGGGGUACUGCAUUUAUGGUUUGUCUUACCGUUGGAGUGCUCUCAUUGAUGAGAAUUAUGAACCAUUAA